UGAGGAAGAGCUUGGCAGUAUGAAAACUCAACUUAAGUCAACUAGAAAAUCCGAAGAUCAGCGCAAGAUCUAUAAGGCUGACGAUGUUGUGAGAACAACUGGUACUCUCGAGAUCCUUCUCUUGGAGACAGCUGGGCCGUUCAAUCACAUCGACCUGCCCAAACCCUCUUUCGAUAAUAGUAAAGGAAUGUUUGGGCUAUUAUUCAUGCUUAAAACAUUGGCAGAUAAAUAUCACAAUUGUUCCAAGACUGUAUUCAGGGAGUUGAAACUUUAUUUCUUGCAAGCUAGUCGUAAGUAAAUUUUACACUCUUGAGUACUCAACCAUAUGAUGUUACUAAUCAGUGAUACUUAUACUCUUUUAAGAUGAUACCUAAAAAGGAGAUAUUGUCUAAAUAGAGACCUAAUCAAUAAACAAUUAUAUACAUAUUUAUAUGAUAUAACUUCAUAUUUAAAUAAAUUACAGUAGUUAAAUACAUCAAAAGAA